GUUGCUCCGCCUGAAGAUUGAAAUUGCCCUAAGCGCCUAAAACCCUUCGCUCCAGCAAAGGCUCUGUAAGACCUAACGAUUUUGUUCACUCUCUCUCAACGAUGAAGCUCGUCAGGUUUUUGAUGAAAUUGAACAAUGAGACUGUCUCCAUCGAGCUCAAAAACGGCACUGUCGUUCAUGGAACUAUCACUGGUGUUGAUGUCAGCAUGAACACACACUUGAAGACUGUAAAGCUUACACCAAAAGGGAAGAAUCCCGUGACAAUGGAUCACCUGAGUGUGAGGGGUAACAACAUUCGUUAUUACAUACUGCCGGACAGUUUAAAUCUCGAGACUUUGCUGGUGGAAGAAACACCUAGGGUGAAGCCAAAAAAGCCCACUGCUGGACGGGCAAUGGGGAGGGGCCGAGGACGAGGGCGCGGGCGUGGACGUGGGCGAGGUCGCUAGAUGGCUUCCACUGCUAUCUCAGUGUUUUGUGUCAUCUGUUCAUGUACACAUAUAUGUACCAAUGCAGAGUUUAUUUCAAUCUAUUUUACUAACCAUGAUUGGAAUUAUCCAAUUAAUCCAAUUGUUCUUACAUUCUAAGGACUCCUGCCGAAUUAUGUUAUGUUUGAGCCUUGUCGGAACAGUUUUAUUUCCUUUUUUU